GCGAGGCACGUGGUUAGGUCGCUGGGUGUGGCUUCUGCCAGCCUCACCACGGUCCGGACAGAAAGAAGAACUCAGAGUCACCCCUGGGAAAAGAAGUCUAAAGAUGAGAUGUAAACUCCUGGGUAGUUUCUUUCUGCUCUUCAGCCUUUCCAGCAAAGGGGCAGACUGCAAAGACAAUGGGAUCAUCUGGGGAGUCUUGGGUCAAGGUGUCACCCUGGACAUCCCUGACUUUCAAAUGACUGAUGCUAUUGAUGAGGUGCGAUGGGAAAGGAGGAGCACCCUGGUGGCAGAGUUUAAAAGGAAGGAGAAGGCUUAUUUGAAAUCAGACGUAUUUGAGGUCUUAGCAAACGGAUCCCUGAGGAUAAAGAAGCCGAUGACCAGAAAUGACAGCGACACCUAUAAUGUAACGGUGUAUGGCAUAAAUGGGAAACGGUGGCUAGAAAGGGCGCUGGACUUGAGGAUUCUGGAGAUGGUCUCAAAGCCAGUGAUCUAUUGGGAGUGCAGCAAUUCAACCCUCACCUGUGAGGUCUCCGAAGGGACAGAUAUUGAACUAAAGCUGUAUCAAGAAAGUAAUCAUCUCAGGACCCUCCAGCAGAAGAUCAUGAGUUACCAGUGGACCAACCUGAAAGCACCAUUCAGGUGUGAGGCGAUAAACGGGGUCAGCAGGAAGUUUAAGAUGGAAGUUGUCAACUGUCCAGAGAAAGAUCUGCCCCUCUAUCUCAUAGUGGGGGCCAGUGCAGGAGGACUCCUCUUGGUGACCCUUGGGGGGCUGUUCAUUUUCUGUAUCUGCAAGAGGAAAAAACGAAACAGGAGAAGAAAAGAUGAAGAACUGGAGAUAAAAGCUUCCAGAACGAGCACUGUGGAAAGGGGCCCCAAGCCACACCCAACCCCAGCUGCAGCAGCGCAGAAUCCAGUGGCGUCCCAAGCUCCUCCUCCACCUGGCCAUCAUCUCCAGACACCUGGCCAUCGUCCCUUGCCUCCAAGCCACCGUAGCCGUGAGUACCAGCAGAAGAAGAGACCUCCUCCAUCAGGCACACAGGUGCACCAGCAGAAAGGCCCUCCCUUGCCCAGACCCCGAGUCCAGCCAAAGCCUCCCUGUGGGAGUAGAGAUGUUUCAUUGCCACCCUCUAAUUAAAAAGGCAGGAUCUGUCAUUUCCAAUAAAAAAAGCUGUGUGGAUUCAUCUUC